AUGCUUAAUGAAAGAGUUUUUAUAUAUUUACACUUUACAUCUCUUAAAUCUCAUGUUCACUUAUUUUUCUUCCUAUUUAUUUUUUGUCUUUUCUAUCACAUGACACAUCACAUACCGUGUUACUCAUUUAUUUCUUUUCUUUUACUAUCUCGUCUAAGUGUGAGUAUAUUUGAUUUUUUUUUUUUUUGAAAUGAGUAUAUUUAAAUUGUGAAGAUAACUUUUUCUUUAAUUAGUCACACACGUCGAAGAGAGAUUAGAGACCAAAGGCUCAUGCUUACCUCUUCAAAUAUGGUGGGAAUUGCACGCGAAGACCUACUAGAGCAUAGAAAAGCAAAGAUGAGGUUGUCUUAAACUACGGGUCGGGGGUGAAAAGACGAUAAGGAUGAUAGUGGUGGAGCGACGAGUGAGCCACAAUAGUUGCACUUGAGCACAACUGUUUCUUUUCAAGGAAUGCAAACGAGUUAGUUCAGAUCAGUUUCUUUUAUUUGGUAACAAUAAAUUUAGGGUGAGGGAUGGUGCCCCAGUCUAAGACCGAGAAAACUAUAAACUUACAGUUACCUCACCUCAAGAGAACUAGGGGGAGCUCAAACCUGCGACCUAUCAGUACGAGACUCUAUCAUGCUCCACUAAACCAACCCCUUGAAAUUAUUUGGAUAGUGCUGCACCCCUAUUAUUUUCUUUGGCUUCCAUAACAAUGAAAGCUCUAACUUUCACAUGUCAAUUGAUUUACCUCCCUUUCCAACGUGUGCACCUGACGUCCUGACUAAGCUGAGCUGAGGUGGCUGGGUGGAACUGGGGUGGUGGCUUAAACCGGGUGUGAACGUACACAUUUCAUAUCUGUGCUUAAUCGUAGGUAGUGAUGGCAAUGACAUGAUGGGAACCACGUUUUGGCGUGUGAGCAGCAUCCUAAGCCAACUCUCUUCCAUGUCGGAACUGAAACAACUUCAAGCCAUGAUCACCAAAGCAGGCUUCGACACUCACAUUCCUUUUAACACAAAGUUGAUAUUCUUUUCAGCACUUUCUCCAAUGGGAAACCUCUCCUAUGCUCAUUCUCUUUUCCAACAAUCUUCCAUGGUCAACAACCCCUUUGCCUGCAACACCAUGAUUCGUGCUUUCGCCAACAGUCCCUCCCCUCUUCAAGCUCUGCACAUUUACAACCACAUGAGAAACACCAAUGUUGUCUCUGACAACUUCACCUACAAUUUUGUCCUCAAGGCAUGCUCCAAAGCUUACAAGUUCAUUCAAGAAUGUGGGCAGUGUGAUGAGGUGGCUGUUGUUUCUAAAGGACGUGAAGUUCACUGCACUGUGGUUAGAAUGGGGUUUGAACAAGACCCAUCUGUUCAAAACUCCUUGCUUUAUAUGUACUCUCAAUGUGGGUUGGUCCCGGUUGCCCAACACCUGUUUGAUGAAAUGAGUGAGAGAAGUUUGGCUGCUUGGAAUAUCAUGAUAUCAGCGUAUGAUCGUGUUAAUGAUUUUAAAUCAGCAGAUUACCUUUUUGAAUCAAUGCCGCAGAAGAAUGUUGUUUCGUGGAACACUGUGAUUGCGAGAUACAUUAGGUUGGGUGAUGUUGAGGUUGCGAGAAGGGUGUUUGGGUUAAUGACGGAGAGGGAUGCGGUGUCAUGGAAUUCGAUGAUUGCUGGUUGUGUUUCUGUUAAGGAUUAUGCAGGAGUAUUGGGGCUAUUUUCUGAGAUGCAGAAUGCUGAGGUAAAACCAACAGAGGUAACACUUAUAUCAGUUCUGGGUGCCUGUGCUGAAACGGGUGCACUUGAGAUGGGUGAGAAGAUACAUGAGUCUCUCAGAGUGUGUGAGCAUAAGAUUGAAGGGUAUUUAGGUAAUGCCCUGGUGAAUAUGUAUUGUAAAUGUGGGAAUUUGAGCUCAGCAUGGGAAGUAUUUUAUGGGAUGAAGAUGAAAACUUUGAGUUGUUGGAAUGCAAUGAUUGUUGGUUUGGCUGUCCAUGGUUACUGUGAGGAGGCCCUGGAAUUGUUUUCACAGAUGGAACAGAGGCUUGGUAGUAUUAGGCCGAAUCGGGUAACGUUUAUUGGUGUUUUGGUUGGCUGUAGUCAUAAGGGUUUGGUCGAUAAAGCAAGAUGGUAUUUUAAUCGGAUGGUAAACCAGUACCAAAUCUUGCCUGAUAUCAAGCAUUAUGGUUGUAUGGUUGAUCUUUUAAGCAGAUGUGGUUUGUUGGAAGAGGCCCAUCAGAUGAUAAAAAAUGCUCCUUUCCAAGAUAGUGCUGUUUUAUGGAGAACAUUGUUGGGUGCUUGUAGAACACAAGGUGAUGUGGAGUUGGCUAAGAUAUGCUUCCAACAACUUGCCAAACUGGAGCAUCUAACAGAUGGAGAUUACAUGUUGUUAUCUAACAUUUAUGCUGAAGCUGAGAGAUGGGAUGAGGUUGAGCAACUAAGGAGUGAAAUGAUAGAUUUACAUGUUCCUAAGCAAGUUGGCUACAGCCAAAUUGGUAUAAAUGAAUCUGAUAAGGUUCCCUGCACAAGCCAUUGCUGAUUGCCCUGUUUCUUGAACUCAAUAUUCAUCAGCUUUCGCAAUUGCGUGGACAAACUCCAGGCUGUCUAAUGCUACAGACAAUUUUUAACCUGUAUGCAAAGUAUGUCAGCCAUGAGCCUUUAUCUGAAUAGCAUGUUUAGUUCUGCAGUUAAAAGCCUUAUAAUCACUUCUGAAGAGAAACUACAAAGUGUAGCUUCUGGUUACCGCACUUUGGACAGAAUCUAAGUCUAAAUUAGAAAAAGGAUCCACAAGAACGAGCAACUAAUCCCAUUCUUGAUCCAGCUGAAUGGGAAGAGCUCUUUCAGGAACAUAUAAAGACGCUUCAGCCUUCAAGAAGUAAGUGAUAAGAGAGCUUAAAGGAAGGUGAAAUAUUGUAUUAAACUUAAUGAAUGUCCAAUAAGUGACAGUGUCUGCUUGAAUGGUGGUUUUUUAUGGCAUUCCCUUUUGCUAUGCCUUUGCUUUCUCUAUAUAUAUUCUUCAGUGAUAAAUGACAGAAUGCUUGAAGUGUUAAGAGAAGGAUUAAGUGACAGCAUGAGCAGUAUUGCAUUUUUGGUUAACAUGUGUGCUACUCUAACAUCAGCACACGAGUUUAGAGUUCACGUCUUGACUUCUGAAGCUGUAUCUGAAGAAACUGGCAAUGGGAAUACAGUGCUUAAUUCAUGGUCUAAAGCUAAAAGUCGUUUAAAAGUUGAUUAUAUAACAAGGUUCCAGGAACAGAAAGAGAAGGUGGCUCCGACAUGCACUCAUCUCAUAGUUCAACAGAAGAGAAGAUGCUCAUAGGCUGAGAUGAAGUUGCUGGAAAGAAUAGACCACAUCCAGGAGAAGAUCUGAUGUCGCAGAGAACCCUGUGAGUAGCUUGUUCAUGAAUAUAAUGCAGGAGAUGACAGGAAUUGACUUAACUGGUUAACAACAAAGG